AUGUCCCUGGAGCAGGGAGACGCCGCGCUGGGGCAGGCUGGCAGGCACAACUACCCCAUCGGCGACGCCGUCAGGACGGAGGUGUUGUGCAACUACCAGCCGCAGGAUGGCGACGCUGGCCAGCUGAGACUCUCCAAGGGCGACAUCGUGUGGGUGCUGGAGCGGCACGAAUCUGGCUGGUGGGGCGGCCACAAGGAGGGCGACGACCUCACGGGUUGGUUCCCGUCCAAGCUGGUCAGGCCCACGACGCCCGGGGACGACUCAGGAGCCCAGCUGGACGAUUCGCUGGUGGACCCGCUGCGGACGAGCGACGGCCGCAUGGUCGCCUCUCCGCAGGUUGGCCACCACCGUCGCAUGGCGGCCAGUGAGGACGCCGCGGAGCUGGCGGAGGCGCGGUCGUGCCUGGAGGUGGCGCAGCAGGAGAUCGAGGCGGAGAGGCUCCGAGCAAAGGAGGCCUCCGCGGCGGCGCUCGAGGCGGCGCGGCGCCUGGCGGUCCUCGAGGCCCAGGCCGCGAUGCAGGAGCAGCAGGUCGAGGCCCUGCGGCAGGAGCUGGCCAAGAGGGAGCAGCACGUGCAGCAGGAGCGGCAGCAGUGGGCCGAGGAGCGGCAGCACCUGCACGCGAGGGCGCAGGAGCGAGACGCCGAGCGCGCCGCCUACGACGCCGAGGUGCGAAAGCUGCAGGACGACAUCAGACGACGCGAG